CCUUCGCCAUACUAUGUAGUGACCAGUAUGAAGUUAUCACAAGAGAGGCAUUCGGAAACAACUUGACUCUAACCAGUUUCAUAAUCAAGUUAUCCUGCGUGAUUCCUGUUAGUUUUCACCCAGUCACCGACUCUAGAUAAUCCGCAAUGUCUACGAUUGCUAGUCCUCGUGAACCACGGCGUCUCAACUCCUUGACCACACCGACAUCGUCCGCGCGUCCUAGCCUUGACAGCACUCGUUCGCCUGUGUCAUCCCCAAACCCCAACAGCUCCCUAGCUGCCCCAAAUGCAAACCCUAGGAGAAGCCGAGCUGCAUUGCGCGAAUACUAUAACCUACGAAAAGGAGCUGGCGCUGGAACCGCGACACCACCUCAGGUCGAGGUAACGGAUGCUACCGGUGGAUCGGGACUUCUCGAGCACUCGGAAGUCCCCCCAAGCGAAAUAGAUAAGGAAGGCUUCGAUGCCGACGCGUUUGUCAAGAAAGCCCUUGCAGAGAAUGGCAUGCAGGACCUGCUGCGAUUAUACACUCGUGUAUUGGGGGAGACACGGGCCCUCGACGCUGAGAAGAAAGCCCUAGUGUAUGAUAAUUAUAGUAAACUGAUCACUGCCACUGAAACAAUACGAAAGAUGCGUACAAACAUGGACCCCUUAAACCCGAUGGCGUCAACACUUGAUCCCGCGAUCGCAAAAAUAUACAGUCAAGCUUCCGAAAUACGAGACUCGCUUCGAAAAUCACUACCAGAGCCCACAGAAGCCACGAGGGCUGAGGAUGAGGCCCGCCAAAGAAGAAUCCGGACCCGACUGUUAGCUAUCGAAGUUCUAGACACGCCUGACAAACUACGCGCGCUCGUGGCCGAAGGUCGAUUGGAAGAUGCGAGAGAAGCCUGGAAAAUGCCCAAGAAGCUGCUGCUUGUCUGGAAAGAGCAGGGUUUUGGAGGCGGUGACGUCGACGAAUGUAUAACAGACGGGGAGGCCGCCAUCCGCGGCGAGGCUAGUAAAGGAAACUGGCGAGAGCGUCGCAGCCCUGAUAUCCAGAGUAAUCCUGAAGACUGAUUCAAGUCUAAACUGAGUAUUUCGAAUCCGUCCACGCAUAUGAUAUAGGAGACGGUACCUCAACGUUGGCCAAUGCGCAACAUCGCUACUGACGAUCACGAUCACGAUCUCUGGGUCCAACAACACCAAUCUCAAAUUCUAUGCAUCCUAACUGCACGAAGGAUUUAAUUGAUGUUUUCAUCUACAUCUAAGUCUACUUAAUUGCGAGGAGGCAUCACAAAUUCCCGACAACCGCUCUGUUGAAUGCUCAAGCUAGACCUCGAACAUCGAUGAUGUCGAAUGGAUCUUUAUCCGCGCUACUCGUGAGCACAACCGCGUUCCCGUGACCGAAUUCCUUAAGUCGAGCCUCCAGCUGUGGCUUGAGUCUCUGUUCUAGGAACUUUCUCUCCGAGUUGCUGUGAAAACAUGUGACCACAAUCUGGCCGAGUUGCGUAUGUCGGAGUGCAUAAUGAUGAGCCAUUUCGCCUGUCACUAGCACUUGGGCGUCAGUAUUCUUCAGCACAUCUGCCCCCGAUCCAGCGCAAACCGCGAUCUUGGUGAUGACUUGAGUCUUUGUAAGAUCACUCAAUGUCGGAGGAAGGGCUACCAUUAGGUAUUUCUGUCCGCCGAUACCGAUAGAGAGUCGUUUUAGCAGAGUCUGAAGUGUGAUGGACUGGCUCAACUCAAACGCACGACCAUACCCGACUUGUUGGCCUUGAAGGCUUUGAGG